AUGAGCGAAGAAACAGCUUAAGUUAAAUAAAAGUGUAAAAAAGCUCCAAAGAAGAAGGCAGAAUCAAAAACCACCUAAAAUUCAGAUCCUCCUGCUGUUACUUAAAUAGACAAAAAAAAAAAACAAAAGCCUUCAAAAAAGGUAUAAUGA